UUGACGCGGCUGCGGACUGAGGAGACACAAGGGAAGCCGCUGUCGCCACGGUCGGAUCCGUCGCCGCCGCCUCCGGAAGAAGCCGGGACCCUCCGCGUCGUCGCCCCCGCCCAGCCUCCCUGCGCCAUGCCGUCGGAGAAAACGUUUAAGCAGCGCCGCACCUUCGAACAACGAGUAGAAGAUGUCCGACUCAUCCGAGAGCAGCAUCCAACCAAAAUCCCGGUGAUAAUAGAACGAUACAAGGGUGAGAAGCAGCUUCCUGUCCUGGAUAAAACCAAGUUUCUUGUACCUGAUCAUGUCAACAUGAGUGAACUCAUCAAGAUAAUUAGAAGGCGCUUACAGCUCAACGCUAAUCAAGCCUUCUUCCUGUUAGUGAAUGGACACAGCAUGGUGAGCGUUUCCACGCCAAUUUCGGAAGUGUACGAAAGUGAGAAGGAUGAAGACGGAUUCCUGUAUAUGGUAUAUGCCUCUCAGGAGACAUUUGGAAUGAAAUUGUCGGUGUAAGACGAGAAAAAUGCAUCUGUUCUAAAAAUUUUUAAACCCUUACCAAGGGGAAAAAAAGGGAUGUUACCAACUGAGAUUGAUCAGUUCAUCUAAUCACAGAUCAUCAAAACAGUAGUGUUCCUGCCUAGGAGUUUUAGGGAGUUGUUUUUGUACUUCAAGCAGAAAAAACGAGCUCCAAAUGAGCACAUUCAGCUUUGGAAAACUAUAUUAUUUAACCUAGGCUGUCUUGUUUUCAAAUUUAGAAGUUUAAAAAUAAAAUACUUUGCAUUCUAAGUUACCGAUAAAAUAGACCUUCAAGUUAUUUUAAUGCUCUUUCCCCAAUAGGAACUUGCAAUUUGAGCAUUCAGAGACAUUAAGGUUUACAGAGCCUGCCAACUUUUUAAUGAGGGUUUCUACUCAACUAGAGAAAUCUCCGUAAGAGGAUCUUUAAGCAUAAGUUUGUCAAGCAUAGUCUACCCCCCCCCCAAAUGCAUUUGCCAUAAUAGUUGGCAAAAAGCAGGGCAAAUGGGGCUGUAUAAGAAAAUUGAACUGCUGUUCAAGUUUCCUGAUUUCUAAGUAUGCUCCAAGUCAAAGCUCUUGCAGCAUUAGGAAGUUUUUAUUUGGUUUGUUCUCUAGAUAGAAACACACAGAAAAACACCACUGCUCGAUGAGAACCUUGAAUAAUUUAUGAUUUUGGUAUUUCAAAAGGUCCAAAGAAAAAAAGAGUGACAUUUCUUCUGUUUUGGAUAAUCAGAUCUAAGAGCUCAAACUAGUGCCUGCUUUGGUAAAUAAAUGAGCAGUUUUAUCAGUUUCAUUCUUUAGGACAGUAGAAACGACAAUUAAAAUUCAGAUGCACUUCCUCUACCUUUUGGCUUAAAGCUGUAGGUGAUCCAUGUUUUAAGUAUGUAGCUAAAAUAUAUUAAAAAGUUAACCACAUUUUUAAGAGUUAUUUCAGUUAUCACUGGUAGGUCAAACCGCCAUCAAAAUCCCCCAUUUUAAGUGCAUGUCAGUUGUGAAGAAAACAUAGGAAAAGGAGACAUUCUCUUCACAGACAUGUCAAAAGUUCAACAUUUCCCAAGUCUAACUAGAAUAACCAGUGCUUAUUACUACCUGCAUGGGGUUCACUAUUUACUAUUUUCAUGAAAGUAUCUCAGAAAGAUCACAGACCACUUUGGACUACAUUUAGCAGGUCAUGGUUCGCCCUUGUAUAUUUAGAUGUGUGUGGAAUACCUGUACCGGUUAGUGGAAGUUCUUUACUGUAACAGAGGGCUAAGGGGGCCCUCGACCACCAACCUCCCGUCACCCACUCCUCCCGCUGCAUGCAUCUGUCCACAUGCCUUUUAAUAUGUAUAUUUUUACAUUAUGUACAUUCUUAAUCAGCCUGUCUUGUUUAGACUGUAUACAUCAUUAUCUCUGACAUUCUUGUAACUACUGUGUGAUCAAUAAGAUUCCUAUAAGAGAUUCUGCUUUUUAAAAAAAAAACAAAAAUACCAUGCUGAGGGGGUGACAUAUAUCCACAUUAGUGGAUGGUCACUCUAUAUUUAUAGGAUCUUUAAAACAAGUACAUUUUUAAUGAACUAAGGUGAAUAAAGGCACAACUAAAAAACUGUCA